UUACCCUCUCUCUCUCAUCUCAUCUUCCCACUCCUCCCAUUUGUCCUCUUCCUCUCCCUCCCACUCCACGCCACCGUGCCCGAACUCCAAAGCCCCGCGCCGCGCCGCCCGCCGCCAGCUACCACCCCCUCCUCACCCAGAUGCCGCGGCCGUCGGGAUCACCGGAGCGGCGCCUCGCCGUGCUCCUGUCCCACUUCCACCCGUGGUGCCAACCUUCGCGCACCAUCCCCGGCGUCGUCGCCAGCGCCGAGUGCCUCGGGACCGCAGCCGCGGCGGAGGCCGAGACGGAGGGGAGCCUCUCCACGUGGCCCUGCGCAGGAGGAGAGAAGGGGGAGUCCUCGGGUGGCGGGGACUGCGUGUUCUGCAACAUCGUCGCGGGCACCGCGCAGGCCUUCAAGCUCUACGAGGAUGAUAUGUGUUUGUGCAUCCUGGAUACUAAACCUCUAACAAGCGGGCAUUCCCUUAUCAUUCCAAAAAGCCAUUAUCCAUCACUGCAAACAACACCACCAACUGUACUAGCCGCUAUCUGCUCUAAAUUGCCACUCCUGGGUACUGCAAUCAUGAAGGCUACUCAAUGUGAUGCAUUCAAUGUGCUAAUUAACAAUGGAGAAAAGGCAGGACAGGUUAUUUUUCAUACUCAUGUACACAUCAUUCCACGUAGCAAAGAUGAUAACCUGUGGUCUUCAGAGACCUACUCUAGGAACCCUAUUUCGCAUGGCCAGGAAACUAAGCUUCUUGUUAGCAGCAUCAAGGAAAUAAUCUCUUCUUCCCCCAAAGACUAGAUGUCAUCCACGCCAAAGGAACUCUGAAACAACUCCAUAAGAAUGUAGACAACCGAUUCAAAGGGCAUUUUUGGCUUUUCCUCUCGUUCAGCCUGAAGAGCAUUGCUGCGGGAUGAAUUGAUGUACAGCUUUGUCUGAAUCAUUCCUUCAAAUUUUGAUAGUUACUGAUAAAGUACUGAGUUGUAGAAAAGGCAAUUGCGGUAGAUCUUAAGGUCAUAGUGAUCAGAAACCAUCUUGUGAAGAAUUGUAAAGAUUUGGUUUCUGAAAGUUGGUAGGUUUAAACUUCUGGUAUCAAGUGGGAGAAUGAGAACCGGCAAACCUGAGCCCGGGUGUAGGUGGUGGAUUCCAGUCCACACAAUGUUUUGAUCUCAUCAGAACCUUAGGAGACAUGGAUAUAUGAAUGAGUACAUAUAUGGUGGAGAUUUUUGAAUCAUAAGCCAUUUUCUUUCUGAAGCAGAGAUAAGCCAGUAGUAGAGCGCUCUGAACAAUGCUGUCUCUGGUUAUUCAAUUU